ACAAGUUCUUUUUUUGGGGCAUAUCGUAGUAAGGAAAGGAAGGAAAUUAAAUAAGGGAAGAUAUGUUGAGGUUGAUAACAGGAAUAGCAGGGCCAAGUGGAUUUGGAUCAGCUUCCACCGCUGAGCAGGUUACCCACGGCAUCGAUGCUAGUUCUCUCACUGCCAUUGUUACAGGAGGUGCAAGUGGCAUUGGUUUGGAGACUGCAAGAGUUUUAGCACUGAGAAAAGCUCAUAUCAUUAUUGCAGCAAGAAAUAUGGAGGCUGCAAAUGAAGCAAAGCAAACCAUUUUGAAGGAAAAUAAAUCUGCUCGCGUUGAAAUUCUGAAACUCGACCUCAGCUCAAUGAAAUCGAUCAAGGCAUUUGCAGAUAAUUUCCUCGCACUUAACCUUCCUCUCAACAUCUUAAUAAAUAAUGCAGGUAUCAUGUUCUGUCCAUUUCAGCUUUCUAAGGAUGGAAUAGAGAUGCAAUUUGCCACAAAUCAUCUUGGUCAUUUCUACUUGACUAAUCUUCUUCUAGACAAAAUGAAGGAAACAACAAAAGCAACUGGUAUUGAGGGUAGGAUUGUGAACUUGUCAUCAGUAGCUCACAUUUGUCCUUACUGGGAAGGAAUACAAUUUCACAAUAUCAAUGACAAAAACAGUUAUCAAGACAAACUGGCGUAUGGACAAUCCAAAUUAGCCAACAUAUUACAUGCCAAUGAGCUAUCCCGUCGCUUGCAGGAAGAGGGAGUAAAUAUUACUGUUAAUUCAGUUCAUCCUGGUUUGAUAAUGACAAAUCUAAUGAGACAUUCAGCACUUCUUAUGAGAAUCUUAAGGGUAUUCACUUGUUUCCUGUGGAAGAAUGUCCCUCAGGGGGCAGCUACAACUUGCUAUGUCGCCCUCCAUCCUAGUUUAAAAGGAGUAACUGGAAAGUACUUCGUUGAUUGCAACGAGUUCAAGCCAAGCAAGCUUGCACAAGAUGAAGUCUUAGCUCGGAAUCUUUGGGAUUUCAGCAACAAUCUGGUCAAUGCUUCUCAAAAGAUUGACAAACAGAACACAGUCCUUGGAAAUGCUACAAGUUAUUAGUAGUAAAUUUCAUAUAUUGUGACACUGUUGGUGAAGGUAGCUAGGAGGCUUAAUUCUGCUUCCAAUCUAUAUUAUCUUUGCAGUUUCUUUAAGGCUUAUGUUUAAAAAUUUAGGCUUUAGCUCUCUUUCUUUUUGGUUCUCAGUCAAUGUAAGUUUUCUGAAAAUGUCUUAUCAAAAUUUUCUAUCUGUUUAGUUGUUA